AUGGCACAAGUGCUUAGGCAAACCAUUCCUGUUCAAGUAGAGAUAGGGGCAGCAGAAGAUGAGACAGUCCAUGAGGGACAAAUCCUUAGACCCCAACAAAAUCAAGGCGUUGAGUCAGGAGUAGCAGGACGUAACCAAAUGGUGUUAGUUAACCGACAUCAGGAUGCUGAUCAAAUUGUCGAUCAACAUUGGCAAGAAGACUUAGCAGUGGAAAACAAUUUGACAACUAUUAUCGAAAAAAUUAUGGCUAGGAAUGGUAUGAGUGCCACAUUGCAAAGGCCACUAUAUGCUUCCCCAUUGGCUGAAUUUGUUCUCCAAACCGAGGCACCUAGAGGAAUGAAGGUGCCUAAAUACACUAAGUUUGGGGGAGAAUCUGGUGAGUCGAUAAUAAAACAUAUUGCCAGAUAUUUAACCGAGUCGGGAGAUUUGGCUCAUAAUGAGUGUUUGAGAGUAAAAAACUUUCCUUCUUCUUUGACUAAGGUUGCCUUCAUAUGGUUCACUUCUUUGGCCCCAAAUUCAAUUGAUUCGUGGACCAAGUUAGAAAAGAAGUUCCAUGAAAUUUUUUACGAAGGGCACUCCAAAAUCAGUUUGGCAGAAUUGUCUAGCAUUAAGAGAAGGCUUGCCGAGAGUAUUGACGAUUACCUGAAUAGAUUUAGAUCAUUAAAGGCCAGGUGCUUUACGCAAGUACCGGGACAUGAACUUGUUCAAAUGGCUGUUGGGGGGGUUAGAUUAUUCCAUUAG